CUCUCGCCCCGCGCAGCCCUCCUGCUCUCUUUCUCUCGCUCGCUCUCGUGCAGCAGAAUGAGCCGAGUCACGGCGGUGCCGUGCAGACGGUGCGCAUCAGUAAAGUGUACUUUUCCAAGGCGGCGGCACGGGGGGAAGCCCCACGCACUUGUGUAUACCUCCGCAGCUCGUCCUUCGUGCUUCUAUUCAAUGGCGAUAUAGAAUGAAAGAAAAGGGAUCGGCGGGGAGGGUCGCGGUCCGUAGAAGUGCUGCUGCUCUGCCGACCGACCGACGCGGUGGAAAAUGCCGGGCGUCCGCUUCGUCGGUGAUUUCCAGCAGAACGGGUGACGCCUGCUGCGGGCGGCGGCGGCUCCGCGGUCCGCGCGGCCGAUCACUCCAGUCGAGUCCGCGAUGUGUCGGGAGCACCACCGCCACCACUUCGCCGCCGGCGCCGCCCUCGCCUUCGCGGCCCUGGCCCUCCUGCUGCAGGCUCGCGGCCUCCGGGCGGGCGCCGGCGCCGACCCGGACCAGGGCUGCCUGUCGUGCCUGUGCCAGGCCGCCACGGGCUGCGACGCCAACCGCGACUGCGAGGCGGACACGUGCGGCAUGUUCGCCAUCUCGCGGCAGUACUGGAAGGACGCCGGCGCGCCGGGGGGAGAUUUUGAAACGUGUGCCCUGGACCCCGCAUGUGCGACGCAGUGCGUCCAGUCGUACAUGCAAAAAUUCGCGCGGGACUGCGACGGAGACGGCGAGGUGGGCUGCAGCGACUACUGCCGCCUGCACCACCUGGGCCGCGAGGGCUGCGGCGCGGCCCUAGGCGGCGGCUUCGCAUCGCGCCUCGCCUCCUGCAACGCCUCUGUGCCGCUGGGGGACUUCUACGCGCGGGCGGCGCUGAGGGCGCCCAGGCAAGGGACGUCCUGGCAGAACGGCGGCGGUUCCAACUCCUUUCCGCAGCGCUCAUCGGGGUCCUCGGGAGGGAGCCCCAGCUACAGCUUCAACCCCAGCGUGAGCUACAGCCGGUCCGUGACGGUCAACCCGACCUACCAGAGUGGUGGUGGUGGUGUUGGUGGCGGCGGCUACUCGCUGGCCACCGGUUCCACCGGCUACCAAAACGGCCAGUACCAGGGGGGUUCCUCCGGCUACCAAAACGGCCGGUACCAGGGGGGUUCCACCGGCUACCAAAACGGCCGGUACCAGGGGGGUGCCUCCGGCUACUUGACGGGCUCUGGCUACCAGCAGGGCGGAGGCUACGGCGGCUACAGCGGCUACGAGGAGAGCGGCUACAGGACGGCGGGGGUUGGGGGCCGGGUGGGGGCCUUUGGCCGGCCGAACGACUACCGCGAGGGCUACCUCUGGGGCGCCGGAGAGAGCGGGGGCUUCUCGGGCGGCAGGCGCUACUCCGGGGGCGGCUCCUCUGGCUACGGCGGCCGCCUGCCCGUCGUGGUGUCGGCGCGCACGGGCACCCGCUCCGCCCCCGUGUCAUCGUCCUGCCUGUCCUGCAUCUGCAACGCCCUCACCGGCUGCGACCCCCUGGCCGGCUGCAGCGGCGGCGGCUGCGGCGCCUUCAAGCUGUCCCCGGCCUACUGGAGGGACUGCGGCUCGCCGGGACAGACUUACGAAUACUGCACCCGUGACUUCGCCUGUUCCAGCUCUUGUGCCCGAACGUAUCUCACUAAGUAUGCUCAGGACUGCAAUGGGGAUGGAUCGGUUGACUGCGGGGACUACGCCAGGAUCCAUCGACUUGGCGCGUUCGGCUGCAGCGGGGCGCUGGACGAGCCGUACCGGUCUUACGUGGAUUCUUGCAGUGCUUACUGAGGCGAUGCAGGGAUCGAGCUUGAGAGGAGGUGCUCGGGUUGGGGCUAAGCAACGCUGCCUGGUUAUUGAUUGCCUGGAGACAGCUGGUGCUCAAUUGCUCCCAGAGUAGGACAAGAGCUUUGAGUGCUGGAGGUAAGAUUGC